GCGGGAGGGCGGGGGGUGACGUCAGGGGGAGCGGGCGGUGCGGCGACGGUGGCCCGGAGGCGCGCACUCCCCAGGGUUUUGGUACGGGCAGGGAGCCAACGCCAGGUUUCAGCCCUGACAAGUCAGUGGACUCUUUGCAAUGGAAGGAGGAAGGGGCGACUGCGGCGCGGGAGACCCGCUCGCAUGCCCCGUGUGCGGACUGGCCUUCGGGCGACCACCAGACCUGGCCAGGCACAUGCCUUGCCACGGCAGGAUGGAAAGGCACAGAGGUGGGGGCGGCAGGAAGGGACGGGGUGCCAGCCUCCCCGACAGCCCCUUCACCUGCUCGGUGUGCGGGAAGGUGUUCAGCUACUUGUCCAAGCUGCGGACGCACCGGCUCGUUCACAGCGACGAGAGGCCGUUCAAGUGCUCCGACUGCGGCAAGAGCUUCAAGUGCUCCGCCGACCUCAAGGGGCACCACCGAGCACACACGGACGAACGACCCUUCGCCUGCACUGACUGCAGCAAGACCUUUAAGAGCUCCGGGGACCUAACCACCCACCAGCGGGCGCACACCGGGGAGCGGCCCUUCCCUUGCUCCGUCUGCGGCAAGGGCUUCACCCACUCCUCCACCCUGCUGACGCACCAGCUGGUCCACACCGACGAGCGCCCCUUCAGGUGCCCCGAGUGCGGCAAAGGCUUCAAGAGCUCCCAGGAGCUGAAGCGGCAUCAGCGACUGCACACUGGCGAGCGCCCCUUCGCCUGCCCUGUCUGCGGCAAGGGCUUUGCCCGCUCCUCCAACCUCCUGAAGCACCAGCGGGUCCACACCGGGGAGAGGCCCUUCACCUGUUCCGUCUGCGGCAAGGGCUUCGCGCUCUCCUCCACCCUGCUGGUGCACCAGCAGAUCCACAUGGAGGAGCGGCCCUUCAAGUGCGCUGAGUGUGGCAAGAGCUUCAAGGUCUCCAACUACCUCAAGAGGCACCAGCACAACCACAGCAGGGAGAGCCCCUUCACCUGCCCCGUCUGCGAGAAGGGCUUUAGCCAGUCGGCUGCACUGAUGAUCCACCAGCGGGUCCACACCGGCGAGCGCCCCUUCGUCUGCUCCGUCUGCGGCAAGGGCUUCACCCAGUCCUGCAACCUCCGCACCCACCUGCGGGUCCACACCGGCGAGCGCCCCUUCGUCUGCGCCGUCUGCGGCAAGGGCUUCAUCCGCUCCUCCAACCUGCUGACCCACCAGCGGGUCCACACUGGCGAGCGCCCCUUCACCUGCUCUGAGUGCGGAAAGGGCUUCACCCGCUCCUGCAACCUGCUGACCCACCAGCGGGUCCACACCGAUGAGCGCCCCUUCAAGUGCGCCGACUGCGGCAAGAGUUUCAAACGGACCAGUAACCUGCUGAGGCACCAGCGGGUCCACAUGAUCCUCUGAGCCCGGCUGGGAGGAACGUGAUGGGUUAUCUUGACUUGCCUUCCUUCGUUUAAUCCUGUGGGCUGAAGGCCUGGGUCACCAGAGACCACAGGUGCUGGAACCUGGAGCACCAACCAAUCUGCUGCAGGAACCCAGCAGGGGGAGCAGCGUCUGUGGGACGAGAGGAAUCAUCGAUGCGCAAGGUUUCCGACAAUUCCUUUCCGCCCACAGACGCUGCUGAGUCCUUCCAGCACAUUGUUCGUGGAACUGAAGACUGGCUUCAUUUCAGCCUCUGUGCUGGUAAUGCAGAGCUGUGUGGAUUGAGACAGCCCAGUGGUCUCAGAGGUCACUUUGCAGACCAGUUCCCUGUCAGUGUAAUCCAUCUCUUUUGUAUCACUUUCCCUUGUGUGUGUGCGCGCGUGUGUGAGAGACAAGACAAGACAUCUUUAUUAGUCACACGUACAUUGAAACACACAGUGAAAUGCAUCUUUUGCGUAGAGUGUUCUGGGGGCAGCCCGUGAGUGUUGCCGCACAUCCAGCACCAACAUAGCACGCCCACAACUUCCUAACCCGUACGUCUUUGGAAUGUGGGAGGAAACCGGAGCACCCGGAGGAAACCCACGCAGACACGGGGAGAACGUACAAACUCCUUACAGACAGCGGCGGGAAUUGAACCACUGUAAAGCGUUACACUAACCACUACACUACCGUGCCUGCCCUUAGGAAUAGCAAAGAGAAAAAAAUCACUGGUAGGAGUCGUCUAUCGACCACCAAAUAAUAACAUUACAGUGGCACAGGCAAUAAACCAAGAAAUAGAUGUAGCAGAGGAUGCGGAGAGUCUGC